AAACAAACCCGGAAACUUUCAAUGAUCUGGACUUUUAAAAUGAAACACGCAUCCCGCGACGUAGUAGAGGAUGAUAUAUGGAUAUUUGAAGGAGUAAUAAGUAAGGUUGAUCUAUCAUGAUUUUACUACUGACCACCGUCUUGGCCUUGGCUGAUGCCGUUAGUGUUACAAUGAGCGGGUCUUCCGAGUAUGCUGUCCCUGGGACUGACUUCACAUUGUCGUGUAAUGUAUCAGAAAGGGCCUUUGUUGUGUCAUUUUUCCGCCUCCCAUACGUCACUACUGCAGUAGGUGUUAUACAAGUAGGUAUUGACCAAUGUUACACUACCAUUCCAUAUGGUCCCUGCAUACCGGAUGUAUGUUCCUGUGUAUCGUCUGGAAGACUUGGUACAUUGUUCCGAUGGGUCAUACAGCCACAAACAGGAGACCAUGGAUCUGCGUGGUUCUGUCGAGCCACUCUACCUUAUCAAAAACUGGAUAGUGUGGAUUACAGACUCAAAAUAGCAGCUGGUCCAGGGAAAUCAAUGUCCUUGUCCCCGCCUACUACAUCCUACACCAUGACAGAGGGAAGUACUUUACCAGACAUCACCUGUACAGCGGACUGUAGACCUGGCUGUACAUUUGUCUGGACACGGCAAGACAACAUCACUUUUACUCUCUCACCUGUUUUGUCACUCGGACAUCUGGACAUAUCAGAACAAGGGACUUACACGUGCAGUGCACGAAAUGAUCAGGGGGAAUCGUCGUUAUCAGUACAUGUAGUCAUACUCGCUGGUCCAGGGAAAUCAAUGUCCUUGUCCCCGCCUACUACAUCCUACACCAUGACAGAGGGAAGUACUUUACCAGACAUCACCUGUACAGCGGACUGUAGACCUGGCUGUACAUUUGUCUGGACACGGCAAGACAACAUCACUUUUACUCUCUCACCUGUUUUGUCACUCGGACAUCUGGACAUAUCAGAACAAGGGACUUACACGUGCAGUGCACGAAAUGAUCAGGGGGAAUCGUCGUUAUCAGUACAUGUAGUCAUACUCGAUUCCGUGGAUGUAGGCUGUGCUACUCAAGAAUCUGCUUCUUCUACCUCAUUCGCUCUGACUACAGUGGGAGCUGUUCUGUUCGUUGUAGCCAUUGCUGCAUUCGGAAUCUCCGUAACAAUUUACCGAAAGGCCCGUUUACUCCGCAGAUCUAACUACCAAGACAUCGACCCAACUGACAUGGGAAUGACAUCACAUUACGACAGCACAACCGGAGCAGUCGACACUGGCAUGAGGUAUACUGAAAGAAACCCCUACCAAGAACUUGACGUAAAUGACAUUGAGGCAGCAUCGCCGUAUGACGAAAUUGCUGGAGUGAGACCUACAGCACUUUCGGACACGCGAGGGAAAGAAGGGCAGCGAACGCGAAGUUAUAAUGAAGAUAUUUGUCGGAACUGUACUGAAAAUGACUAUCUGACACCACUUACUGUUCCAGAAAGGUCCUUUCCCGACACCACCAGUCCUGAAGGGGGACAUCUUCACUUCAAAUCUAACUACCAAGACAUCGACCCAACAGAUAUGGGAAUGACAUCACAUUACGACAGCACAACCGGAGCAGUCGACACUGGCAUGAGUUAUACUGAAAGAGACCCCUACCAAGAACUUGACGUAAAUGACAUUGAGGCAGCAUCGCCGUAUGACGAAAUUGCUGGAGUGAGACCUACAACACUUUCGGACACGCGAGGGAAAGAAGGGCAGCGAACGCGAAGUUAUAAUGAAGAUAUUUGUCGGAACUGUACUGAAAAUGACUAUCUGACACCACUUACUGUUCCAGAAAGGUCCUUUCCCGACACCACCAGUCCUGAAGGGGGACAUCUUCACUUCAAGUGAUUAUUACAAUACAAUCACUACAAUCACUGGCUCACUAUGAAAUUGUCGAAAGUGUACAUAUUCUUGAGUGUCCAAAGUGUCAAACAUGUUAAGUGUCAAAAAUAUUCCAUAGCCUGGAGUGUCAAAAGUGUCUAUUGUAUUGAGUGUCUUUAAUGCUGAAUGUCCAAAGUGUCGAUAAUCCUAAGGUAGCAGUGUACAGUAAAAAUGCCCAAUUUUGAAAAAUAUGACACAUGUCUAAGAUAUGUAAACAUUGCCAGUUAACCCUACAUAUAAACUCUA